CACUGCUUAAACGGUAAACUUCUAGACAAAGUGCAUGGAAAUUGGCAACUGCGAAGUUUAUUUCUGCGAAAGGCUUUUGUGUUCUGAUAAUUACGAGAAACUGCCGCCAUGCGAGUCCUGGGCACUUCCAAAUCCUGCAAUACGGUCAACCGACUGAGCGUGACCCUGAAGACGCAGGCGAAUCCGCAGUCCCAGCUGAACGAUCUGCGCAAGAAUCUGAAUGACAAAACCCGAUUUCGCGAGUAUGUACAAAAGAUGCUCGGUGAUGAGGAGCGAAUGGGCUCCGUGCUGGACACGAUCUCCUCCACCGAAGAGGAGCACCGCCUGGCCACCGUCACCGGCUGGUCCACGGUGAACAUAGCCAACUGCGCCGGCGUCUCCAAUUCGUCCAUUUAUUUGGCCCUCAAAUGGGUACUGAUGCCCGUCAAGGUGGAGAUAUUUAACUUCAAGCGCAGCGGACCGGAGGACCAGAUGGCACGUGGUCAGUUCCUGGUGGACAACCUGCUGAGCGCCAAUCGUUUGAAGCGCCUGCAAGAGGAAGUGGCCGUUCUCUACACGCGCCAGAAGAUCGAGGUGCAGGUAACACCGGGUCUGCCCAAAUCCGUGAUUAACGCCCAGAUAACUGAGGAAUUCACCACUGCCAUGGAGGCGGCUAUAAAAUUGCGCUAUGAACCGGCCACUCGUACCCUAGAUCUCUCCCGUUUCCACGCCAGCCCUGAGCUGCGCCUUCAUUUCUGUCCGCUGCAUGUGGUCAAGUUGCUGGAGAGCGUGCUCGUCCUAGCAGGACACGUGUUCCCCCAACUGACCGGCAUUGUACUGAGCAACAACUAUUUGUGCACUCUGAAGGCCUUUGCCGGCAUUGCCCAUAACUUUGCCAGCCUGGAGCGCUUGGAUAUAAGCGCAAAUAGGAUCAAGGAUUUGGGCGAGCUCAAUUACCUGAAGAGACUGCAUUUCAAGACCAUGUACCUGUCAGGAAACGGUCUGGCUAAGCUAAAGACGGACGACAUUCGACAGAUGCUGCCCCAAUUGAAAAACGUUCAUGGUUGCGUCCAGCCUGAGGAAAAUGUAAAUGUGGCUGAAACUCUACCCAAGUUUCAACAAUUCCAGAGUGGUGGAAGUAAUGGCUUGAAGUUCUGCAAUAACUUCAUUAGUUUGUACUACAAUAUGUUUGACGAACCAGCACAUCGCUCACAGCUUAAGGAGUACUACCACGACGAAGCCAUGUUCUCGCUAAGUGCUCCCGUACAGCUGGAUCUUUUGUGCGCCUAUCAAAUGUACAACAGAAACCAGAAGCGCCACUGCUCAACCUUUGCCCGCAAUGCCAGGCUACAAAUGGGCAGCCCGGCUGUGCUUCUCGCGUUAAGCCGCUUGCCUUCAAUGAUGACAAGCCGCGACAAUGCCGGGCUGGACAUCCAGGUGUUUACUCCAACUUUGCGCAUCUUUACUGUGACAGGAUACUUUAAGGAGAUCACCUCCGAUGGCUGGGAACCAAGGCCCUUCCAACGCACCUUUGUGCUACGCCUUCUCAAUAGUCCUGGCUGGCUAAUAACUAACGACAUGCUGUGCAUAAUUUCGGCUAAGACGGAGCAAAAAAAACCAGUCGAAUUUCAACCGGAAGUAGCUAAGUUAAAUAGCGUUCCAUCGAUUAAAAAAACAAUCAACCCUGCAGUCGGAUUUGUUAAAGGGCUAAGCAUCAAGACAAAGGCUCAAAAGAAUGCUUUUAGUCCCCCCUCGAAUGCGGUGGAUCCUUUAAACCAAGCGGUGGAGAAUAUGACACUGUCGAAUUCCAAGAUGGACUUAGUUUCCAGUAACUUUGAUGAUAUGCCUCCACUGGUUGCCAUCACUCCAUUAAGGGCCGCGCCAGUCGAUUCUUUGGAACAGGAAAUCGAGAACACUUUGAUUUCAGAUGAGGAUAUCUUUGAACUCGUCAUCGACGAGGAUGUCCUAAUAGGAGAUGGUUUUUAACAACUACAUGAGAUAAAACACAAAUAAAUAGCAAUAAGAAAGCUAAAAACGUUUGAUUAGGUUAAGACAUCAUCAUGUUCAUUAGUAUAUAGUUCACCGAGUGCGAAACUCAAGAAUCUAAUUUAUUUUAAACUCUUAUUUUUUACGAAAGC